AUGGGCAGGGCUGUGACGUCACGGAGCUGGCGUUGGCUCGUGAAGCGGGGUCAGUCAGAAGAGGGGCUCCGGGCUGGGAAGCCAGGGAGAGCCAGGCGGCCGCAGGAAGCUCCCAGCAAGCCUUGCGCGUCACCAUGGCAACGCGACCCAGCGGACCCCGAACCGCUUCCCCUUGUGCGCUCACGGCCGAGCCCCCAGCAAAACGCGGGGCGAGCACGGAGCUCGGUUCCGGGCGCUCGGCUCACGCUCGGCCCCCGGCCGGAUCCCAAGCAGCCGGGCUGUCGCCCACGCAGGCUCCCGCACGCCCGCGGCACAGACCGAACUACCCCACAACUCCCACCCACGAGGCGCGAGAGACACCAACAGCCAUUUGACUCCAGCUCAGACAGCGAAAGAUGGUUUAUUGUACACGGGUCACACUUGGGCAGUAACAACAGCGAGUCCGGGACGCGGCGGCCAGCGGGAGUCGGGGCCGGAGGUUGGAGGAAGGCUGUCCCGGGUGUCCGGAGGCGGCGUCUCGGCGAGCACACGGCGAGGUUCAGGUCCACGCAGUCUCAACCGGCGGCAGCGCAGCACCGACAGCUUGCUUGCAGCGGCCCCCGGCAUCCUCCCCUCCCGCGGGCGGCCUCCCCGCCGGCUCACUUGGACCUCUGCCGCAUCUUUCUUCUCUUGCGCUUCAGCCUGGACGGGAAGCAGACAACCCGCUGGGCUCUCCCCGCCACUCACCGGCCUGCGCCGGGCUCCGGGGCGGCCAGAUCCCCGGGCGCCUCCCCGCCUCCCGCACCGCCCUCCGCCACAUACCUGCGCAUUCGCUUCUUCCUCCACUUGGCUCUCAUGGCGCAGGGGUCCCUAGAGCGAGAGAGAAAAGGGUUACAGUUAGUUUGCUGCGGUGAAGGCAGGCGCAGAGGUCAGAUGUCCCCGGAUUGCACCGCCAAGUCGGAACGCCGGGAACACACACUCACCAAGGAAGAUGGCGCUAAGGCCGAGAGAGCGGGGAGAGCGGCCUACUGCUAUUUAAGGCCGUGCUCGGUGUCGUCACUUCCGGCGUCACCCCCGCCCUCCUGUUUCUCCCGGGGGGCGGGGCAGGGUGGUUCAAGCGAGGACCAGUGACUUCCGGCUGUUUUACAGGAGGAAACGAAAUGUUUUGAGUGCUAGUUAUCAAGCCCCACCUUCUCUAAGAUUUAUUUUAAGGCCCCUGUAUUAUUUCAGCCCGAGCACCUGUUAUGAAAAACAGUAGACGGAGAAAAAAAAAACUUCCGUUUUCUCCCUCGUUGCUCCUUGGGAGUUGAAGUUUCUUGGUAAAUACCUCCAUUUUACUAUGUAUAGGUGCGGCCGGGCGGUGGUGGCGCACGCCUUUAAUCCCAGCUCUCAGGUGGAUCUCUGUGAGUUCAAGGCCGGGCUGGACCGAUAGCCUCCAAAACAAUACAGAGAAACCCUGUCUCGUAAAACCAAAAAAAAAAAAAAUUAAUAUGUAUAGGUGUGCUUGUAAUAAGAACUACUAGUUUUAGCCGGACUGCCACGCACGCCUUUAAUCCCAGCACUCGGGAGGCAGAGGCAGGCAGAUCUCUGUGAGGCCAGAAUCUCAAAAAACCAAAAUAAAUAAAUAAACAUAAUAAUAAUUA